AUGCAUCAAGUUACUGUUGAAAGAUGUUCAAACGCUAGUGUGGCUCGAUACUAUAUAAAACAGGCGGCUAGCGUUGAUGUUGUACGUUACUGGCCGGGUCUAUUCGCGAAGGCUCUGGAAGGUGUCAAUGUGCGUGAUUUGAUUACCAACGUCGGCUCUGGUGUCGAAGCAGCCCCCGCCGCUGGUGCUCCCGCCGCGGCCGCCGCUGCCGCUCCAGCUGCGGAAGCCGCUAAGGAAGAAAAGAAGGAGGAAGAGCCUGAAGAAUCUGACGAUGACAUGGGCUUCGGUCUUUUCGACUAAAAA